CAUUACUCAUCUCAUAUGUAUAUACUGUAUUCUAUACUAUUCUACUGUAUUUUAGUCUAUGCAUUACUCAUCUCAUAUGUAUAUACUGUAUUCUAUACUAUUCUACUGUAUCUCAGUCUAUGCCGCUCUGACAUUGUGACCAAUAACAUUUGAUUUGAUUUAGAUUAGGUGAUAUACACUACAUGACCAAAAGUAUGUGGACACUUGCUAGUCGAACAUCUCAUUCCAAAAUCAUAGGCAUUCCUAUGGAGUUGGUCAGCCCUUUGCUGCUAUAACAGCCUCCACUCUUCUGGGUUUGCUUUCCACUAGAUGUUGGAACAUUGCUGCGGGGACUUGCUUCCGUUCAGCCACAAGAGCAUUAGGGAGGUCGGGCACUGAUGUUGGGUGAUUAGGCCUGGCUCGCAGUCGGCAUUCCAAUUCAUCCCAAAGGUGUUCAAUGGAGUUGAGGUCAGGGCUCUGUGCAGGCCAGUCAAGUUCUUCCACACCGAUCUCGACAAGCCAUUACUGUAUGGACCUCGCUUUGUGCACGGGGAUAUUGUCAUGCUGAAACUGGAAAGGGCCUUCCCCAAACUGCCCCAACUUUACAGUUGGCACAAUGCAUUCGGACAGGAAGCGUUUUCCUGGCAUCCACCAAACCCAGAUUCAACUGCUCCAGAGUCCAAUGGCAGCGAGCUCUACACCACUCAAGCCAAUGCUUGGCAUUGCGCAAGGUGAUCUUGUGUGCGGCUGCUUGGCCAUGGAAAUCCAUUUCAUGAAGCUCCCGAUGAACAGUUAUUUUGCUGACAUUGCAGUUUGGAACUCGGUAGUGAGUAUUGCAACCGAGGACAGAUCAUUUUUAUGUGCUUCCACACUUGGCGAGCCAGUCCUCUGAGCUUGAGUGGCCUACCACUUCACUGUUGAGCCGUUGUUGCUCCGAGAUGUUUCUACUUCACAAUAAUAGCACUUACAGUUGACCGGGGCAGCUCUAGCAGGGCAGAUAUUUGACAAACUGGCAUGUUGGAAAGGUGGCAUCCUAUGACGGUGCCACGUUGAAAGGCACUGAGAUCUUCAGUUAGGUCAUUCUACUGCCAAUGUUUGUUUAUGGAGAUUGCAUGGCUGGCUGUCCGACUUUAUACACCUGUCAGCAACAGGUGUGGCUGAAAUAGAAUCCACUAAUUUGAAGGGGUGUCCACAUAUGUUUGCAUAUACAGUGUAGAUUCUCUGUCCUGCUACUGGUAGGACUAUAACAUUAUGUGAACUGAUCUGAACAGGUUUAGGCUGGUCAUCGAUGACAUGUAGGCUAUAUCUGAGGUAUAGACUUUCAUCUGCAUAUCACUAACAAACUGCUAGUAUACAUUAUAACCUAGCCUACUUUACAUAAUAUAACAUCUACAUAUCACUAACAACCCCACUACUAUACAUUAUAACCUAGUCUACUUUACAUAAUAUAAAAUCUACAUAUCACUAACAACCCACUACUAUACAUUAUAACCUAGCCUACUUUACAUAAUAUAACAUAUCACUAACAACCCACUACUAUACAUUAUAACCUAGCCUACUUUACAUAAUAUAAAAUCUCUCACUUGUUGCAAAAAACCUUUCUGAAUGGAUCAAUCAAAUCAAAUCGAAUUUAUUUAUAUAGCCCUUCGUACAUCAGCUGAUAUCUCAAAGUGCUGUACAGAAACCCAGCCUAAAACCUCAAACAGCAAGCAAUGCAGGUGUAGAAGCACGGUGGCUAGGAAAAACUCCCUAGAAAGGCCAAAACCUAGGAAGAAACCUAGAGAGGAACCAGGCUAUGUGGGGUGGCCAGUCCUCUUCUGGCUGUGCCGGGUGGAGAUUAUAACAGAACAUGGCCAAGAUGUUCAAAUGUUCAUAAAUGACCAGUAUGGUUGAAUAAUAACAAGGCAGAACAGUUGAAACUGAAAUCAAUCAAUGCCCCCCUCAGAUCAAUAAUGUCCGUUUUAGCCCUUCUGUCUACAUUCUCAGAUUAGUUUAGAAAAUAACAGAUUGAAAGACAAUAAAUAUCCUACUGUUAGUGAAUACAAAUAAGUGUGAGACAUGGCCUUGUGUUGCUGCACUGUCUAGAACUACCUUAACAAACAGUGACUUAUUAUUAUUAUUGACAGUUACCAUGGAGAUGAAAUAUCACAACUACAUGGUCAUGUGAUGCAUUAAAUCACCUGGCUGUUUCUAUGUCUGUUAGUAAAUGUUUUAUUUUUCAAAGAGAUAAUGAAUACAUGAGAACAAUAAUUAGUUGUCACUGUGUUAAUCACAACCAACAUGCUGGAUCUCUGUUUAGGGGUCAGUGCUCUAAAAUGAGUCUCUCUGGGGAGAGAGAGGAGGGGGGCCCUGCCUCUAAAAUUCAUCUCUCUGAGGGACAUGACACCAAAGAUAAGAGUCCAAUCAAGCAGGAGAGACCAGCCUCCCCUGUUCCCAGCUGUGUGUCCAUGAAGAGUGACCGGUCUAUGGAACAACCUAUAAUGUUUAGAGAGAGAGACUUUAUUACUGAACAAAGACCAAUCAAGCAGGAGAGACCAGCCUCCCCUGUUCCCAGCUGUGUGUCCAUGAAGAGUGACCAGUCUAUGAAUCCUCCUCUAAACUUUAGAGAGGGAGACUUUUCUACUGAACAAAGAAACCAACAGGAGAGAUCAGGGUCAGAGAUUCUCAGUUGUCAGUCUUCCCAGAGUCAUCAAACAGACCUGGCCUCCAUAUUCAGUAUGCUUGAAGAUAAAAUUAUGACAUUUGUGAAGAACGAGCUGAAGAUGUUCAAGAGGAUUCUUAGUCCAGAACUCCCAGAAGGCUUUGAGAGUCAGAAGCAGGAUAAGGAAGUGGUGGAUGCUGAAGAUGAGAAGCAGGAGAGCAGUGCCAGAGAGGGGGCUCUGAAGAUCACACUGCACAUCCUGAGGAAAAUGAACCAGAAGGAGCUUGCUGACACACUGGAGAAAUAUGAACUUGCUGUGAUUUGCCAACGUGAACUCAAAUCUAAUCUAAAGAAGAAGUUUCAAUGUGUAUUUGAGGGGAUCGCUAAACAAGGAAACCCAACACUUCUCAAUAAGAUCUACACAGAGCUCUACAUCACAGAGGGUGGAACAGGAGAGGUCAAUAAUGAACAUGAGCUGAGACAGAUUGAGACAACAACCAGGAAACAAGCAAGACCAGAGACUGCAAUCAAAUGUAACGACAUCUUCACACCCUUAACUGGACAAGACAAACUUAUCAGAACUGUGCUGACAAAGGGAGUCGCUGGCAUUGGAAAAACAGUCUCUGUGCAGAAGUUCAUUCUGGACUGGGCUGAAGGAAAAGCAAACCAGGAUGUCCAAUUUGUAUUUUCAUUCCCUUUCCGGGAGCUGAAUUUGAUGAAAGAGGACAAACACACUUUCAUUGAACUUCUCAAUCACUUCUCAAUGGAAACCAAACAAUCAGGAAUCUCCAUCUACAACAAGUACAAAGUUCUGUUCAUCUUUGAUGGUCUGGAUGAGUGCCGACUGCCCCUAGACUUCCAGAAGAACAAGAUCUGUUGGGACGUCACAGAGUCAACCUCAGUGGAUGUUCUGCUGACAAAUCUCAUCAAGGGAAAUCUGCUUCCCUCUGCUCUCCUCUGGAUAACUACCCGACCUGCAGCAGCCAAUAAGAUCCCUUCAGGGUGUGUUGACCAGGUGACAGAGGUACGAGGGUUCAAUGACCCACAGAAGGAUGAGUACUUCAGGAAGAGAUUCAGUGAUGAGGACCUGGCCAGCAGAAUCAUCUCACACAUAAAGACAUCAAGGAGCCUCCACAUCAUGUGCCACAUUCCAGUCUUCUGUUGGAUUUCUGCAACAGUCCUUGAACACAUCCUGAAACAUAAGAGAGAAGAGAUGCCCAAGACUCUGACUGAGAUGUACACACACCUUGUGGAGUUUCAUACCAAACAGAAGAAUGAAAAGUAUCUUGGGAAAGAAGACACAGGUUCACACUGGAAUAAAGAGAGCAUUCUGUCACUGGGAAAACUGGCUUUUCAACAGCUUGUGAAUGGCAAUCUGAUUUUCUAUGAAGAAGACUUGAAAGAGGCUGGCAUUGAUGUUAAUGAAGCCUCAGUGUACUCAGGAUUGUGCACACAGCUCUUUAAAGAGGAGUGUGUGUUCUACCAGGACAAGGUGUACUGCUUUGUUCAUCUGAGCAUUCAGGAGUUUCUGGCUGCUGUAUAUGUGUUCCUCUCAUUCAUCAACAACAAUGAGAAUCUAAUGGACAAACUGCAAACAAAAGACGAGUCUGAAGUUACUUUCUACAAGAGUGCUGUGGAUAAAGCCUUACAAAGUGAGACAGGAAACCUGGACCUUUUCCUCCGCUUCCUACUGGGCCUCUCACUGGAGUCCAAUCAGAAGCACUUACGAGGUCUACUGACAAAGACAAGAAGCAUCUCACAGAGCCAUGAAGAAACAGUCGAGUACAUCAAGGAGAAGAUCGGGGAGGAUCUCUCUCCAGAGAGGAGCAUCAAUCUGUUCCACUGUCUGAAUGAACUGAAUGACCAUUCUCUAGUGGAGGAGAUCCAAAGAUACCUGAGAUCAGGAAGUCUCUCAAAACCCAACCUGACACCUGCACAGUGGUCAGCUCUGGUCUUUGUGUUGCUGACUUCAGAAAAGGAGCUGGAUGUGUUUGACCUGAAGAAAUACUCCAGAUCAGAGGAAGGUCUUCUGAGGCUGCUGCCAGUGGUCAAAGCCUCCAGAGCUGUUCUGCUGUCAGGCUGUGGACUCACAGAGGAAGGCUGUGAUUCUCUGGUCUCAGCUCUGGAGUCAAACCCCUCACACCUGAGAGAGCUGGAUCUGAGUAACAAUGACCUGAAGGAUUCAGGAGUGAAGCUGCUCUCUGCUGGACUGGGGAAUCCCCACUGUAAACUGGAGACUCUGAGACUCACUGGCUGUAAACUCACAGACACAUCCUGUGAAUUGUUGGCCUCAGUUCUCAGUUCAAACCCCUCACACCUGAGAGAGCUGGAUCUGAGUUUCAAUGACCUGAAGGAUUCAGGAGUGAAGCUGCUCUCUGAUGGACUGGGGAAUCCCCACUGUAAACUGGAGACUCUGAGACUCACUGGCUGUAAACUCACAGACACAUCCUGUAAAGUGUUGGCCUCAGUUCUCAGUUCAAACCCCUCACACCUGAGAGAGCUGGAUCUGAGUAACAAUGACCUGAAGGAUUCAGGAGUGAAGCUGCUCUCUGCUGGACUGGGGAAUCCCCACUGUAAACUGGAGACUCUGAGACUCAUUGGCUGUAAACUCAGAAACACAUCCUGUAAAGUGUUGGCCUCAGUUCUCAGUUCAAACCCCUCACAUCUGAGAGAGCUGGAUCUGAGUUUCAAUGACCUGAAUGAUUCAGGAGUGAAGCUGCUCUCUGCUGGACUGGGGAAUCCCCACUGUAAACUGGAGACUCUGAGACUCACUGGCUGUAAACUCACAGACACAUCCUGUGAAUUGUUGGCCUCAGUUCUCAGUUCAAACCCCUCACACCUGAGAGAGCUGGAUCUGAGUAACAAUGACCUGAAGGAUUCAGGAGUGAAGCUGCUCUCUGCUGGACUGGGGAAUCCCCACUGUAAACUGGAGACUCUGAGACUCGCUGGCUGUAAACUCAGGAACACAUCCUGUAAAGUGUUGGCCUCAGUUCUCAGUUCAAACCCCUCACAUCUGAGAGAGCUGGACCUGAGUAACAAUGAGCUGAAGGAUUCAGGAGUGAAGCUGCUCUCUGCUGGACUGGGGAAUCCCCACUGUAAACUGGAGACUCUGAGGCUGUCAGGUUGUCUAGUCACAGAGGAAGGCUGUGCUUCUCUGGUCUCAGCUCUGAGGUCAAACCCCUCACACCUGAGAGAGCUGGACCUGAGCUACAAUCACCCAGGAGACUCAGGAGUCAGACUGCUCUCUGCUGGACUGGAGGAUCCACACUGCAGACUGGAGAAACUCAAUGUGGAACAUGGUGGAGAGGACAGAAUGAAACCUGGGCUUAGAAAAUAUGUCUGUGAUCUCACACUGGACCUAAACACAGUAAACAGACUCCUCUCUCUGUCUGAGGAGAACAGAAAGGUGACAUGUAGGACAGAGGAGCAGCCGUAUCCUGAUCACCCAGAGAGAUUUGAGGACUGUAGACAGGUGCUGUGUAGAGAGGGUCUGACUGGGCGCUGUUACUGGGAGGUAGAGUGGAGUGGGAGGGCUGAUAUAGGAGUGACAUAUAAAGGAAUCAGCAGGAGAGGAGGGGUUGAGGACUGUUGGCUUGGACACAAUGACAAGUCCUGGAGUCUGUUCUGCUCUGACAACAGUUACUAUGCCUGGCACAAUAAUAAUCCCACGACCAUAGACGUCCUCUCCUCCAGCUCCCACAGAGUAGGAGUGUAUCUGGACUGGCCAGCCGGCACUCUGUCCUUCUAUAGAGCCUCCUCUGACACACUGACCCACCUGAUCACAUUCACCUCCACAUUCACUGAGCCCCUCUAUCCAGGGUUUAGGGUUUAUUAUGAUUCUGACUCCUCAGUGUCCCUAAAAUAAUGGUGAUGGUGACUCAGUGUCAAUAAUAACCUGACACACACACACACACACACACACACACAGGACACACACACACAGGACACACACACACUGGACACACACACACUCUGGACACACACACAAUGGUCACACACAGGACACACACACACACUGGACACACACACACACUGGACACACACACACACUGGACACACACACUGGACACACACACACACUGGACACACACACUGGACACACACACUGGACACACACACACACUGGACACACACACACACUGGACACACACACACACACACUGGACACACACACACACUGGACACACACACACAGUGGACACACACACACACACACACUGGACGCACACACACACUCUGGACACACACACACACUCUGGACACACACACACUCUGGACACACACACACUCUGGACACACACACACACACAUUCUGGACACACACACACUCUGGACACACACACUGGACAAACACACACAAACACACACACAUACACACUGGACACACACACACUCUGGACACACACACACACACAGGACAAACACACACACAGGACACACACAUACACAGGACACACACACACACUGGACACACACACACACUCUGGACACACACACACUCUGGACACACACACUGGACAAACACACACAAACACACACACAUACACACUGGACACACACACACUCUGGACACACACACACACACAGGACAAACACACACACAGGACACACACAUACACAGGACACACACACACACUGGACACACACACACACUCUGGACACACACACACACUGGACACACACACACACUGGACACACACACACACUGGACACACACACACACUAUGGACACACACACACACUGGACACACACACACACUGGACACACACACAUUCUGGACACACACACACUCGACACACUGGACACACACUGGACACACACACACACUCUGGACACACACACACACUCUGGACACACACACACACUCUGGACACACACACACACACUCUGGACACACACACACACACACACUCUGGACACACACUCACACACACACUCUGGACACACACACACACUCUGGACACACACACACACUCUAGACACACACACACACUGGACACACACACACUCUGGACACACACACACACACACUCUGGACACACACACACACACUGGACACACACACACUCUGGACACACACACACACACACUCUGGACACACACACACACUCUAGACACACACACACACACACAUUCUGGACACACACACACACACACACUCUGGACACACACACACACACUCUGGACACACACACACACUGGACACACACACACACACACUCUGGACACACAUACACACACUCUAGACACACACGCACACACACACACAUUCUGGACACACACACACACACAUGCGCGUCUUUCUAUAGUUGUGAGGACCUCUGACAACAACACUGUUAAAAUACCAAUGUGAUCAUGUUUUGUCUUUUAUGUUGAACAACUAAUUAUACAAUUAUAUAUAAUUAUAUAUGGGCAUACGCUACAUAGUUGUACAAGUAUACAAGGAUAUAUUGUACUAUUCAUAAUAAAACAUACUUGAAACAAGAAAAGGCCUGUUAAUUGUGAAAACAGUUUGUUUAUUGAUUUUACGUUUCCUCUGUCAGGUUGAUGUUAACCUGCGACUGGUUGAAACAUGAAACAAAUAUGAACUGAAAUACAAAACAAUUAAAUAUGUGGAAUAGAAUUAAACAAAUUGUACAACAGAGUGUUGUGAUGCAGGGUUACUAUAGCAACAGAGUGUUGUAAUGCAGGGUUACUAUAGCAACAGAGUGUUGUAAUGCAGGGUCACUAUAGCAACAGAGUUCUCUCUCUUUCUGCUCUGUUCUCUGCUCUCUCUGUUCUCUGCUCUCUCUGCCCUCUUCUCUCUCACUCUCUGAUCUCACUCUGCUCUCUUCUCCUCGCUCUGCUCUAUCAGCUCUCUCAGCCUGCUCUCUCUCUGCUCUGCUCUGCUCUCUCUGUUCUCUGCUCUCUCUGUUCUCUGCUCUCUCUGCUCUCUCUUUCUCUCACACUCUCUGCUCUCUCUCCCACACACUCUGCUCUCUCUGCUCUCUCUCCCACAUUCUGCUCUCUCUCUCUCCCACAUUCUGCUCUCUCUCUCCCACAUUCUGCUCUCUCUCUGCUCUCUCUCCCACACUCUGCUCUCUGCUCUCUCUCUCUCCCACACUUUUUUCUCUCUAUCUUAACAGUGGUGCAGUUUGGACAAUCACCACUUGAUGGCAGUGUUAAACCAGAAGUGAUGAAAACAACAUCACUGCAGAGAGAGAGAGAGAGAGAGAGACUAAUAUACAGAUAUACAGUAACAUUCAGAAAGUAUUCAGUAACAUUCAGAAAGUAUUCAGACCCCUUGACUUUUUACACAUUUUGUCACGUUACAGCCUUAUUCUAAAAUGAAUUAAAUGUGUUUUUCCCCUCAUCAAUCUACAUACAAUAACCCAGAAUUACAAAGCAAAAACGGUUCACUUUAUGUGUGAACAUUUUUAUUUAAAAAAACGUAGAUAUCACAGAGAGAGAGGGAGAGUAGAGAGUCAGAACAGAGGGAAAGAGAGAGAUGGAGGGGAGAGAGUCAGAACAGAGGGAAGAGAGAGAGAGGGAGAGUAGAGAGUCAGAACAGAGGGAGGGUAGAGAAUCAGAACAGGGAAAGAGAGAGAUGGAGGGGAGAGAGUCAGAACAGAGGGAAGAGAGAGAUGGAGGGUCGAGAGUCAGAACAGAGGGAAAGAGAGAGAUGGAGGGGAGAGAGUCAGAACAGAGGGAAAGAGAGAUGGAGGGGAGAGAGUCAGAACAGAGAGAAAGAGCGAGAGAUGAGUCAGAACAGAGGGAAAGAGAGGGAUGGAGGGGAGAGAGUCAGAACAGAGGGAAAGAGAGAGAGAGGGAGGGUAGAGAGUCAGAACAGAGGGAAGAGAGAGAGAGGGAGCGUAGAGAGUCAGAACAGAGGGAAAGAGAGAGAUGGAGGGGAGAGAGUCAGAACAGAGGGAAGAGAGAGAUGGAGGGUAGAGAGUCAGAACAGAGGGAAAGAGAGAGAGAGAUGAGAGUCAGAACAGAGGGAAAGAGAGAGAGAGGGAGGGUAGAGAGUCAGAACAGAGGGAGGGUAGAGAGUCAAAACAGAGGGAAAGAGAGAGAUGGAGGGGAGAGAGUCAGAACAGAGGGAAGAGAGAGAUGGAGGGUAGAGAGUCAGAACAGAGGGAAAGAGAGAGAGGGAGGGUAGAGAGUCAGAACAGAGGGAGGGUAUAGAGUCAGAACAGAUUGAAAGAGAGAGAGGGAGGGUAUUGAGUUUCAUCCAUCAGAUGUCUGUGAUCUCACACUGGACCUAAACACAGUAAACAGACUCCUCUCUCUGUCUGAGGAGAACAGAAAGGUGACAUGGAGGACAGAGAAGCAGCCGUAUCCUGAUCACCCAGAGAGAUUUGAGGACUGUAGACAGGUGCUGUGUAGAGAGGGUCUGACUGGGCGCUGUUACUGGGAGGUAGAGUGGAGUGGGAUAAGGGCUGUUAUAGGAGUGACAUAUAAAGGAAUCAACAGGAGAGGAAGGGUUGAUGACUGUUGUCUUGGACACAAUGACAAGUCCUGGAGUCUGUUCUGCUCUGACAACAGUUACUAUGCCUGUCACAAUAAUAAUCCCACUACCAUAGACGUCCCCUCCUCCAGCCCCCACAGAGUAGGAGUGUAUCUGGACUGGCCAGCCGGCACUCUGUCCUUCUAUAGAGCCUCCUCUGACACAAUGACCCACCUGAUCACAUUCACCUCCACAUUCACUGAGCCCCUCUAUCCAGGGUUUAGGGUUCAUUAUUACUCCAACUCAGUGUCUCUCUGUCAGUGAUACACACACACACACACACACACACACACACGCACACACGCACACAAAUAGACACACACACACACACACACGCUGGACACACACACACACACUGAACACACACACACACAGACUUGACACACAAACACUGGACAAAAAACACACACACACUGGACAAACAAAAACACACACACACACACACACACACACACACAAACACACACACACUGGACACACACACAUUGAACACACACACACACACUGGACAAACACACACACUGGAAAAACACACAUUGAACACACACACACAAACACACUGGACACACACACACACUGAACACACACACAAACACACUGGACACACACACACACUGAACACACACACACACACUGGACACACACACAUUGAACACACACACACACACACACACACACUGGACAAACAAAAAUACACAAACACACACACACUGAACACACACACACACUGGACAAACACACACUGAACACACACAGGACACACACACUGGACAAACACACACUGAACACACACACACACACACACACUGGACACACACACACACACUGGACACACACACACUGAACACACACACACACACUGGACAAACACACACACACACACACUGGACACACUGGACACACACAUUGGACACACACACACACUGGACACACACACACACUGGACACACACACACACUGACACACACACUGAACACACACUGGACAAACAAAAACACACACACACACACACACACACUGGACACACACACUGGACACACACACACUGGACAAACAAACACACACACACACACACACACACACACACACACACACUGGACACACACACACUGGACAUACACACACACUGACACACACACUGGACACACAUACACACUGGACACACUGGACACACACACUGGACACACACACACUGGACAAACAAACACACACACACACACACACACACACACACACACACACACACACACACACACUGGACACACACACACUGGACACACACACACACACACUGACACACACACUGGACACACUGGACACACAAAUACACUGGACACACUGGACACACACACUGGACACACACACACUGGACACACACACACACUGACACACACACACACACACACACUGAACAAAACAAAAACACACACACACUGGACACACUGGACACACACACACUGGACAAACAAACACACACACACACACACAUACACACACACACACACUGGACACACACACACACACUGGACACACACACACACACUGGACACACACACACACUGGACACACACACACACAGGACACACACACUGGACAAACACACACUGAACACACACACACACACACACUGGACAAACACACACACACACACACACACUGGACACACAGACACACACACUGGACACACACACACUGAACACACACACACACACUGGACAAACACACACACACACACACACACUGGACACACUGGACACACACACACACUGGACACACACACACACUGGACACACACAAACACUGACACACACACUGAACACACACUGGACAAACAAAAACACACACACACACACACUGGACACACUGGACACACACACUGGACACACACACACUGGACAAACAAACACACACACACACACACACACACACACUGGACACACACACUGGACACACACACACUGGACAUACACUGGACAAACAAAAACACACACACACACACACUGGACACACUGGACACACACACUGGACACACACACACUGGACAAACAAACACACACACACACACACACACACACUGGACACACACACUGGACACACACACACUGGACAUACACA